UCUUGGGUUGGAGAUGAACGUUCCAUGACAGACCGUUAAUAUAGUUGAAGGCAUCUCUAUUUAUAGGUAAAAAAAGGUUGACCCACUAAACUUCUUUGAAACCUUAAUUGAAUCAAAACCAACCUCAAUCUCUCCAGCGGCAGCUCUGUUCUCUCUCCCUCUCUUCUAUCUCCUUUACUCGGACGGAAUCCGCCCGACAAAACAACCAGAAACAUGCAGGGAAAAGGGUCAUGAUCUUGGUCCGGGUCAUGAUCUCCGAUCUCGCACAUUCCCAACCUCUCUAGCCCUCUUGUUCUUGGCCAGAUCGGUUGUCUUUGAACUCUUUGAUGGCGAAGCGGUCAUUCAAGUCCUUUGUCGAGCAGGAGCUCGGGAAGUUCCCCCUGUUUGUAAUCAAUGCCGUCCUCGAGUGGAUCCUCAUCGUUAUCUUAUUCAUCGACGGGUUCCUCGCCUUCGUGGCCAAUGAGUUCUCCAAGUUCUUUGAUAUGCGAGUCCCGUGCCUCCUCUGCACGAGGAUAGACCAUGUCCUCGUCCGAAGAAGAAACCCCGACUUCUACUACAACGAGUCUGUGUGCGAGGCCCACAAGAAGGCCGUCUCCUCCCUCGCCUACUGCCAUGUCCACAAGAAGCUCUCUGAUAUCAAGAAGAUGUGUGAGGGCUGCCUCCUCUCCUUCGCUACGGAAAAGGAAUCCGACUGCGAUACUUACAAAUCUCUCGUUGGGAUUCUUCAUAAGGAUCUAGAUUGUUUUGUUCAGGACGACUCCCAUAUUCAUUUGGCGCUGCCCACCUCGAAGAAAGCUGGGGAUUCUUCUUCCGUGCAUUCCGAGAAGGAUGUGGCAAGUGACCAGAGAUGUUCUUGCUGUGGGGAGCCAUUGAAGGCGAAGUUCUCUUCUUCCAACCCAAAGGGAGGGAGUUCACAAAAACCGGGAAAGAGCACGAGCCCGAUUUCACAGGCUCCAGCUCCAUCCCCUCGAGGACCACUCACGACUUUGAAGAAUGGUGAUGGCCCGAAUCUGAUGUUGCCACAUAUUAGAUACACCGAGCUCAAGUUCAUGUCCGACAACGAUGGUGAAAUUCAGGAUGACGAUAGUGCAUUCAAUGGGAUAGUUCCCGAAAAUCAAGGUAAGGAAGACACCAAAGCUGCUUCGGUUCCUCUGCUUACGGAUGCAGAUGAGAUCAAUGAGGCUUUAAAGACCCCGACCUUCUCCCGGGGGAACAAGUUUUUUGGAAUUCCACUGAGCGACUCCGCAAAUACGAGCCCAAAGUGGUCCAACCGGACCCUGAGGAGGUCCCCGCUCGAGAAGAUGGAGUUCGCCUCCCAAGAGUCCAUUGACAUAAAUGCUGCUUCUAACGAUCCGGAGAACUAUUCCAUCGUGAACCACUUGAAGAGGCAAGUUCGACUGGAUCGUAAGUCCCUCAUGGCACUCUACAUGGAGCUCGAUGAAGAGAGGAGCGCAUCGGCGGUUGCGGCUAAUAACGCCAUGGCUAUGAUCACGAGGCUGCAGGCCGAGAAAGCUGCAGUUCAGAUGGAGGCUUUGCAGUACCAGAGGAUGAUGGAGGAGCAGGCGGAGUAUGAUCAGGAAGCUCUUCAGGAGACGAACAAUUUGCUCGCAAAGAGAGAAGAGGAGAUAACUUUAGAGGCUGAGCUCGAGGCUUACCGGAAGAAGUAUGGCUGCUUGCAGGAGGAAGAUUACGAGCCCUGCAAGGUCAAUGUGGACGAGGAGGAGUAUGAGGAUAUGGAGCCUCCUCAAUCAUAUUCUUUCUUCAAUGGAGGAUCCGAAUGCGAC